AAGCGUAUCAACUUUGAGAGACCGAUGACCAAGCGCCGAAGGACAACGAAGCAACUUCCGCAUCCGCUUGACGCAGCAUGACGACGACCAUCCAAGACCUCAAGGCCCGGACCAACGGCCUCGCACUUGGCACUGUUGGCCUCGGCGGCCUCUACCAGCAGCUCCCGGGCGAAGCCGUCGCGGUCGCCACCGAGACCUUCCGCACGGCCUUUGCGCAUGGCGUGCGCCUCAUCGACACGUCGCCGUGGUACAAUAACGCCGAAACAGUCGUCGGCGCGGCGCUGGCGAACCUCGAGACGUCCCGCGACGAGUACAUCCUCGUGACCAAGUGCGGUCGGUACCCGAGUCCAUUGCACCCGAAUGGCGUCUUUGACUACUCGCGCGACCGCAUUCGCCAAAGCGUGCACGAGUCGCUGCAAAAGCUCGGGACAACGUACCUCGAUGCGGUGUACCUGCACGACGUCGAGUUUGUCGCACGCGAGAUUGUGCUCCACACGGCGAUCCCGGCGCUCGCCGAGCUCCAGCGCGAAGGUCUCGUGCGCCUCAUUGGCAUCUGCGGCUACCCGCUCGACGUGCUAGACGAUCUCAUCCAGAACUCGCCGCACCCGCUGCAGAUCGUGCAAAGCUACUCGCAUCUGACGCUCCAGAACGACACGCUGCUGGCGAAGGCCAAGGCGUGGGAGGCCAAGGGCAUCUUUGUCAUCAAUGCGGCGCCGCUCUCGAUGAGUCUGCUCACGUCGCGUGGCCCGCCGUCGUGGCACCCUGCCUCGCCGGCGCUGCGUGCGAGCUGCGCCGAGGCGCUCACGUGGCUGGCCGCCCAUUCAAAAGCCACGUAUGCGUCGCAGCCGUCUGUCGAGAGCUUGGCCAUCCAGUACACGCUCGACGUGCAGCGCGCGCAUCCGUCGAUCGCAUGCAUGGUCGUGGGCAGUAUCGGCGAAGCCGAAGUCCUCUCGUCCGUCGCGUGUCGGGAUGCCACGGGGCCCAUGACGGACGCCGACAUUGCCAAGUUCCGUGACAUCCUCGGUAGCCACUACAACGAGUCGUGGACGCAGGACCUGACGUCGUACGUGGCGCCGCGCCAGUAGUGUAGUCGCUAACAUAACCAGUGAGCGAUCCACGCCGCUUGCUUCGUUGCGACUUGGCAUUAAGGCCGACUUGCGUCAGGACAGCUCUUGCAUCUUGCCCAUCAUGUGCCAGCUGUAGGGGCGGGCCAGCCAUACAUACAGCCGUCGAGACAGCAGCGUGCGACACCGAGUACGCUUCUCGGCGCCGGCGCUCGACGUCGACCAAGCUCAUGCUCAUCGACCGACGCGCUUCCUGCACGCCAUGCUGGCGCUUGGCGUCCGUUACCAACUCGGCUCGCCGUGGGUGUUACAUCGGCGGUGGGUUCCAGCGGCGUAAUAAAAUAAAAUCGACGCGAUGUCGCGCCGCGAGUUUUCUGUA